AGUUACAAUCCGUUUGUACUUUGGCACUGCUGCAGUAUGCUUUAUGUGCGUUGAUUUUCUGUAUUUAUACACACAUUUUCACUGAAAUCUUGUCGUUUUUGCAAUGGAAGUCGUGUGAAAAAUUGAAAAAAAAAUUCAUUUGUAAUUCGGUUCUUUUUUCUAUAGAAAAUACUACUUUGGACUAAGUUUUAAUGUGUAGAUUUGUGAGUGUUAGUUUGCGCCUAAAAUACAGUAAAUUAUAGUGAUUCCAUGAAUUGUUGUGGAAUUCAACAGAGUUUCUGUUGCCAAUCCAAUUUCAGACCACUGCAGCGUUGAUGUACACAGUGUGUACUUAGUGCAGUUAUUCUGUGCAUCCAAUCGUAAACAGGCUUAAAAUGUGACGAUUUAACGAAAAACAAGUGAAAAAAUGGAAGAAACCAUAUCAUUUUUACAUAACCAUCAAAAUAUCAGAAUCUUUAACCGUGUAGUUUGAGACUAAAACAGUAAACUUACCCAUUUUGUCGAAGCAGAUAUCAGAUCAAAGUGUACGGCAAAAUUUGUUGCGAAUGUUUUGAUUGAAUUCAAUACGUAGCUGCCUGCCAGUGCGAGUGAUUUAAAUUCAUAGAAUAUCUCAACGGCACGCGCAAUCGGUGCCACCAAAUGCAAAAUCGAGGCAACGAUAUUUUUAGUCAGUGCUUUGAAUCAUUUGAAACAUUUUUCGAAUUAUAUGGAAUCAAAUUAAAAUUUUAUAUUCAUUCAAUGGGCGAAUGCGCGACCGUAUGUUUGAACCAUACAUAUACGCAGCGAAAACGUUGACCGAAUAAAUGCGAGUGUGAGUCUGGCAAAUGGCGACUCACACAUUCAAAUAGAGAAAAAAAAACACUUCGGUAUUACUUAUCUAAACUGCGCUUGUUCGGAAACUCGGCGAUCGUAAAACCAAGAAAGAUACCCAAUUAAAUUCAAUGAGCUAAAACCGUCUCUGUGUAAUGUGAAUUCCGUUUUAACCGAAACGAUUCGUGAAAACACGCAGAAUAGAAGUUACGAGAUGAAAAAGACACCAUAACAAAACAAUGCUGGCUAGAAAAGAUGUUUUUAUAAGAAAAAUUUUCUUGUGCAAUCUUCGAAAAGUGUGAACUCGAAUAAAUCAAACUUGAUGCAUGUGAAAAGUGAAAAGUUUUUCUAAGUAAAUCUGUCGAAAUGGAUGUCAUGAGUGUAUGUAUUUAUUAUUGGUUGUUUCAAUAGAACGACGCAUACAAUAGUGAUUUAUAACCGUUUGUCACCGUACCGAUUACAAACGACUCGUGUUGCGUGAUUUUGUAUCCACGGUUUUCUUUUCUCGCGACUCUGCUAUUUAUUACGGCGACGAAACAAAAAUAGCGACUGAAGUGCUAAUAAGAACACAACAACAAAAUCAAAAAAGAAGUCAGUCGUUGCAGUGGUCACAGCGGCUGAAGCACAGCACCCCUCUCGUGACGUCGACCCAUUCACACGGCUUAUGCCCAUUGCCACAACUGUAUUGUUAUAGCCAUUCAAAGACGCAAAUUGCAUUGAUUCAUUAAUUGUGCGGAUCACUCGGCGGGACACUAAAAACACGAGAGCACAAAACAAAACGUGCUCAAUACAAACGUGACAACAAAUCCAGCAGCAGUCCCCGUUUAACACAUAAAUUAACGAUCAGAAGUCCAUUUUCUGUUGGCCAUUUUGCAGCUACAUCGUUCGCGCGCGCGCGUCAUUCCACAUAAGCUUGAGAACAGUGAAUGGAAGACAGACGCAGCACAAAGUAUGUGCACUUAAAUCGGAUAUGAUUUUACACUCUACUCGAAAUGAACAGCACAAUUUAAAUAGCAAACAAUCGAAAGAAAGCCGUGUGUGCAUCGACAUUUUUUGUAUUUGGUUUUCGAAUGAAAGCAAAUCAAGUUCAUUAACUUAGAUUUCUAUUUGCACUUCGUGUGCGAGAAUAAAUUCAAUUGGAGUUAGUUCAAUGGGAAUUUGAUUAGCAUUUGUGAACAGAAAACUUCGCCAAGUGAGAGAAUCGAAAUCGCCAUGUUUGCACUAAUUAGUAAUGAUGUUACGAUUGUGUUUCUGUGAAAUGUACCCGAACUCCGAUCGAAUUGUGUGCAUUUGGUUUAAUUUACACAAUAACCAUAAAUUUUGCUCGAGAAACGUGCACCCGUGAACAGCACACGCAAAACGAUAAUUUAAGCAUCGAAACGUUUCCCACAACGAAAGCGUCGAAAGAAAAGUGGUUGAUCACAUUUCAAACAGUUUUCCGCACACCGGAUCGGGUGGGUGAACAAAAAGAAACUAAAAUAAGAAAAAACAAUCACAGUGAAAAACAAAGGCAAUCAUUGUUCCAUUAAAUGAUAAUCAAGCAAUUGAAAAACAUCAUCAGAGUCGGAAAAUUUAAUCGAGUGUUAUUUUCACAAGGAUAUGUUAAUUUGCAUUUACUUCGCCAUCAUUGAUGUUCUUCAACAUGAUGAAAUCAUCGAUCGAUACGGCACACAACGGUGUCAUAUUGAUAAAAUAUGAACCGAAAUUAAAUUCAGGCGCCUGGGAGGAUCCGUUACCUAUAUCGAAUGCAGCUAAAAGUAACAACAACCAUUUGCAUUCGGCUGGAUCGCGUCGUUCAGAGCCAUUUCCAGCGCUACGUUUAAGUAACAAACUAAAUACGAAUCCAUUAAGUUCAGUGGCGGCUGCUGCAGCAGCGGCAGCAAGUCUGCAAAACGGCAACUACACAUUGAAUACAAUACAUCAGAACUUUAAAAAUCGCAAAAGACUGGAGCACACACCAUCGUCACGAACAGUUAGCUCGGAUGAGGGAUGGUGCUCAGAGCGCGGUGGAUCUGAACAUGAUUUCUCAUCCGAUGGAGAGGAUGAGGAUAAGAAAAGUAUUAAUAGUUUAACAUCAGUCAACACAAGGAAUAGUCAUUUGCGAUCGACAUUGAACAAGGCAAAACAGCAUUUAUCAUUUGAUAAAUGGCGAAGUGGUGGCACAUCCAGCAAUCAUUCGAACACUACGAUGCCAUCACAACAGCCAGAAAUAUUGUCCCCAGGCGAAUCAUCGCCUGGGGGCCGAUUAUCCAGAUGGUUUUCUAUACGUCGCGGUUCAGCGCAUCAAUACGAUUUUGGUGCGAGCAAAAAUUCCGGACGCGACAGCCGAGCUGGUAGCAUAGAGCCCGAUGAAAAGUCAAAACAAUCAGGAACAUUGAAUGGGACCACAAUAAACGGCUAUAAAAUGCCUUUAUUGCCAGAGACCGACGAAAUCGAUGGAGCACUGCUUGGAGCACUAAAUGGACGGAAUAGUCAAUCACACAUUGAUGCCAUUAAUCGUCAAUUAAAUCUUACAUUACCAGCCACCCCACCGUCCGGCCUAUCGCAACAGCAAUUGAAACGACGUCAUAUUUUUGCCGCAAUUGUUCACAGUGAAUGCUCCUACGUUGCUACUUUACAGCGUCUAGUCAAUGAUUACAAAAAACCACUCGAGGAAAGUAAUCCACCCAUACUCAAUUCGUCCAAGAUUGCCAUAUUAUUCCAUCGUUUGCCAGAAAUUCUACACUGUCACACACUAUUUCGAAUUGCCUUAGCUGAAUGUGUUCGUAAUUGGGAUUGUGAGGAAAAGGUGGCCGAUGCAUUCAUUUCGUCAUUUGGCAAACCGAUCAUUCUGGAGAUUUACAGCGGUUUCAUUAACAAUUUCUCAGCUGCGAUGGAACUAGCCAAAAUGGAAGCCAAACGUAAAUCGGCUCUGGCGGAUUUCUUCAAAGUCAAACAAAUCAGCGCCCACGAUCGACUGUCGUUCUUUGGCUUGAUGGUGAAACCGGUACAAAGGUUUCCUCAGUUCAUUUUAUUUUUACAAGACUUAUUAAAGUACACACCACAAGGUCAUCACGAUCGUAUGUCACUGCAAUUGGCGUUAACUCAGUUAGAAUCACUGGCCGAGAUGCUAAAUGAACGAAAACGUGAAGCCGAACAAUACCAAGCAUUUAAAGAGAUGUUAGGCAAUAUUGGCGGCACAUUCAACACCCGGUCAUUAUCAUCAGAAGGCAAUCGCAAUCGAUACUUGUUGCGUGAAGAUAAUGUUACCCAUUUGGAGUUUAAUCAAGCUGGCUUCAUAGUCAAGUCGAAACAACGUCGGCUACUUCUGUUGAAUGACAAAGUGAUCUGCGUGUCGGUGGCUCCUAAGCUAUCAAAUGAGUUCGGUGCGACCGAGAAACUUUCCUUCAAGUGGAUGUACCCAGUGAAUGAAGUGGAAAUCGUUGACAAUAGCACAUCAGCCACAUUGUCUCGAAUUCUGACUGCCGGUUUGAAUCGCGGUGGAAGCUUGAAAUCAAAUGGUUCCGGAGCGAAUGAUACACUGUCAUCAACAUCGUCGAACGGAUCACCAACGAAUGGCGCUGAUAAUUUAUGCAGCGAAAUGAGCACCUUAAUGCAUGAUUAUGAAGUGAUGUCACGCAUAAAUGAUUUGAUUGGUUCACUGAAAGGCAACUAUCGUGAUAUCAAUACAGAUUUGACGAAGAAAAUACUCGCCACCAUUCAGUCAUCGAUACAGAAAAAAGACGAAGAAAUGGCAUGGGUUGAUUCAUGCUGUUUACAGUUGAUCGUACGCACCAAAAACGGCAAAGAAGAAACAUUCACAUUCCAAACAGAAGAUCCAUCCGUUAAAAAAGAAUGGAUUACGGAACUUCGUUUGGCUCAACUGUCGUUGGAUCCGAAUAAUUCACCAGCAUGGGAGAUUCCAGAGCGAGAACAACGACCACCUUCAACAAAGCUACCGUUGUUUGUAAAAGCACAGUCUGUUCACAAAUCACAUCAUCAAACCGAGGUCCGAUGUGGCUGCUAUUACACAACAACGAAUCAUAAUCGAACGUCGACACGUCGACGUUCGAAAAAUCAGAACUACGCCUGGAUUUGUACAACCGAUGGAACGAGUAGUCAUACGACAAUCUUACUGCAACACCAUCAACGUGCUGGCGAGCUGAAAGAGGUCGGAUCAUUUGAUCUAGUUGAAACAAUCGUCACAUCGAUGGAAUUCGUGAAGGGAAUAAAUAACUUGAAUCCAGAAGAAGAGGAAAGUGACCGAUCUAUGAUAGAUGGGGAUUCAGUAUGGAUGGGAACCAUGUCAAAGAAAAUCUUCAUAUAUUCAGCGACAAAUCCCGAGCAAGAUAAACAAAUUGCUGUUUGCACAUUGCCGGCUGCUGUGACGCAAAUCGUAUUCCAUAUGGAUAGCACUUUUGUCGCAUUGACCGAUGGAACUGUUCAAAUAUUCCGUCGUGGCUAUAAUGGUCAUUGGCUACUCAAGGAACCGCAAACCGUUUCGUUUGGAGUUAGCGAACCGAUCACAAGCAUACUGUCGAUAAAUGCCAACGUCUACGCCGGCUGUGGGCAAAAAGUGUACGUACUUAAUGGCUGUUCGGGUGAAAUACAAAAGGCAUUCGAUGUAAAUCGUGAACAAAGCAAUGGCACCACUCACACCGUUCAGUAUAUGGCACAUUCGGGAAUCGGCCUAUGGAUUUCACUAAAAAAUUCCAGUGUUAUUUGCCUAUAUCAUACAGAGACGUUUAAGCAUCUUCAGGACGUCAAUAUUGCGAGCAAUGUACUUCGAGUCACAUCAUCGCAACGCGACUGUGUUAAUAAUAAUUCAUCUGUGUUCGUAACCGCUCUAAUGGCGUCCAAAGGAUUGCUAUGGGUCGGGACAAAUGUUGGCAUAUCGUUGACUAUACCAUUGCCGCGACUAGAAGGUGUGCCAAUCAUCAGCGGUGCCGUAAAUAUCUCGUAUCAUGCACAUUUUGGUCCAGUCACAUUCUUGAUGCCACUGCUACCCAAGUCUUAUUAUAAGCCAUUGCCAUCAGAGCCUCCACCAACGACAACGAUUCAACAGCAGAACUUCGACGAGGACGAUAAGUUAAAUGAAGACAGUACAGUUACGCUGCGAAGAUGUGAAAACGAUGAGCAAAACCAAAAAACCAAUACAAAAGAUUCAGCCCAACACAAAAAAACCGAAAGAAGUAAUUCUCAAGAUAUGUCGGCCAGAUUGAAGGCGCAGCUUGUUCAAAGUCCAGUUGUGUUACGCAGACGUCGGGGAAAAGAUGCUGGCGAAUUGUCUCGAGCAUCAAAAACACUUCCACGAGGACUUGGAUCGGCAGCCGCGUUCACAGCCUCAAUGCAUUCGAAUACAUCGUCAUCGCAAGGGUCCGAUCACAGCGGAUGCGAUGUAUAUGGUCUGUACGGAGAUUUGAUCUUCGUUAAAGAAGAUUAUGAUAAUGUAGAACAAGGACAGGGCACGUUAAUGGACCCGUCGUACGAAAGUCUUCGAAGAAGUGAACCAGAACUCGCCACUAUCGCCACCAAAGUAACCACGUUAGAUCGACGUUUGCGUAUAAAAGUGAGUCGGCCACGUUCAUUAGAUUUAUCAAACUGGUCAGUUGACUCUCGAUCAUCAAGUCUGUACACAUCUUCGGGCAGUGAGGAAAGCAUGGCCAUACGUCAGGGUCUAUUUUCCAGUCGAAGUGUAUCUAGGAACAGUAGUAAUGCAAGCCAUAAAACCGGCACCGACUUGAUGAAUAUCUGUGAAAACAGUACCGAUAUCCAAAUUGUUCCAACGAUGGCUUCAACACCACCAUCGGCUACUUCGACCAUGAAUCGUCCAAUAUUGAAACGAUCACCAAAAGAAGAGCAUGAACAAAUGCAAACAGUUGUUGCAGCGACGCUGAAGAAAAAGAAAAAUGCCAAAAACUCAGCCGCCACAAAUGAAUCGGUUUUAGGUCGGCGCACGGUGAUUACUUUAACCGGCGGACGCGGCUAUAUCAACUGGAAACACGUGUGGUACAACUACCCAAUGGAUAAAUCGCAUAAAACGAAUCAAACAUUGGCACGAGCACCAAAUUCAAGUGAUGCGCAUGUUGUCAUGUGGGAGAAGAAACUUUGAGCCCUGUCCAAACAAUAUGCAUUUAAACUAUUGUGGAUUUUUUUCCAUAUGUAUUAUUCAUAUCAAACGAAAAUAUUAUGGAUAUUUAAAUUGACUUUCCCAGUGUCUUCUAAAGCGUAUAAUUGUAAUAUAGAUGCAUAGAACAUAAGAAAUAUUUAGUGGCUGCAUUGGUUUUGCGUUUUAAAUAAAACGAAAGGAAAAAUCUAAAAAUGGGAUUUAUCAUAUAGAUAUAUAUUUAAUAUUUUUUUACAAUGUUAACUUAACAAUUGCCAUACAAUAGAUUUAAUUAAGCAUUGCACAAACAUAUACAUUCAUAUAUUAAUUGUUAUUUUCUUUUAGGAAAAUAAGCAAAUCAAUUAUUUCAAACAUGUAAACAGAAACACAUUUUGACGCUGAAAUGAGUUACAAUCGUCAAUCAAAUUAGAAGUAGAUUUAACACGGAACACAGUUUUCCCAGGUUGAAUUUGUUUUUUCUUUCAUUUCAUGUUUAACUUAUAUAGAAGGUAUGGUUUUCUAGACUAUCCACUACUUCUAACACAUUUUGUGUGUCAAAAUAUUCAAUAAUUAUUAGGAUAUUUGCAAAAGAAUAUUUCGGUCUUGAAUUGUGGAAGAAAUUGUUAACAUCAAAUCAUCUACAAUAAAGGCAAAUGACUUCAAUUGGUGACACGUAAAAGAACAUAUGAUUUUUUCGAAGUUUCCAAGCGUCGACUGAAUACAGCUAAUAGGAAAAAAAGUUAUUUUGGCAAAGUUGUAAAAAUUUGUGGAUGCUUUAACUUUUCCGAAAUCUAUUUUUAUUCAUUUUUAUUUCAGUUAUGCGUAAAAAUAUUGAAAAACACACAAAUCUUAUACGUCUCAUCUAAAGAUUUUAAUCUUUUCUAAUAACAGAACAAAUUGAAAAAUUGCCUUAUCUCAUUGAACUGUAUAUUUUUUUUAAAAUCAUAUUUAUACAUUGGAUUAGUCAAACAAAUUAUUCGUAUUACUUUAUUUUCUACUAUUUCAAAUGUUUGGGCAUUAAAACAAAAUGUUUUUCACUGUUUUAAUCAUCCAAAAUAAAAGAGAACAUUUUAUUUUUCGAAAAAUCAACAAAA